AUGCCUUCUACAGAUCCUAUUCUGAGAGGAGAGCGGGAUAAGGAUGACAUCCGCGCCCAGGAACAGAAUGCUGGCUCUGAUGAGGAGUACGCAAGCGAGGCUACCAUCAACAGCCAGCAAGUUGCCUCCCUCGGUACCAAGAAGGCACUAUGGGCUUACCUGAUUCUGUGCUUUUCUACGGGUCCAACUAGUUCAAUGGCUUUCAAUUAUGUCUCAGCGGCCAUCCAGUCUGCAGCAAAUACCGUUGGCCAUCAGCCGGGAUCAGACAAGCCCUGCGCUCGCCGAGGGCAUAUCAAAUGCUCAGUGAAGUUCGGAGCAGGGGAAAUUGAUUAUGUCAGCUAUGUACUAUAUCUUCGCUCGAUUGGUCGCGCAAUGGAAGGGGUUGUCACUAUCAUGACUGCUGGUGUAGCGGACUACUCGCGAUAUCGAAAAACUAUGAUGUUGUGCUCAAUUCUCUUAUUUGGCGCGCUGGCGCUGCCAUUUGCCGGUUUAACCAAGGCCGAUUAUAGCCACCUCAAUGCGCUCGCGACCUUGUAUUGCUUGCUCACUACCGUACAAGGCGUAUAUACCGUUAUUGAGGCAUCGUACAUCCCAAUCUUCAUGCGCUCGGUGGGUGGUUUGCACUCUGCAUCUCCAGCAGCAGAUCCGGACACAAAGCGCACAUGGAAAAAGGGCUUCACUGUUAGUGUUCUGGCAUUGGUUGCAAGCAACGUCGGAGGUAUUGUUUCCUUGCUCAUUGGUGUCAUCCUCGUUUACGGGAUCGGGUCGUAUGCGCAAGUGGGCUACUUCAGUUACCUCCUCGCCAUUACAAUUGCCGGCUGCAUUACGAUUGUCUUCGCGAGCAUUGGUCAAUUUCUCCUCCCCUCGGUGCCGGGUCAAGAGCGGCCCAAGGGCCAGAAUCUUUUGCUUCUGGCUGUGAGAGGGUGGAUACGUAUGAUUGGGUCUGCGCGUCAUUAUCCUGAAGCAUUCAAGUUCUGCAUUGGCUGGAUCCUGUGGAACACCGGCUACUCCAACUUCCUCGGCCUGACUCAGUCGCUCUUCCUUGAGGUCACCGGCAUCGCAAGAGGCUCGGGCGUCUAUCACGUUUGGUCUUUUACCAACGUGAUCUUUGCCUGUAUGGGUAGCUUAAGCUUUUUGUUUCUCUAUCCGCAUGUCCGUGUCCCGAUCAAAAGCUGGGCGUAUUUCUUCUUGAGCGUCAACUUUCUGUGUGUUCUGUGGGGAUGCAUUGGGAUCAGCAACCACGUCACGAUCGGAUAUAAGCAUGCCGCCGAGUUCUGGGUGGAGCAGGUCCUCUUCAUGAGUACCAGUAGCGCCCUGCGAUCCUAUAACAGGACUGUAUUUGCGUCGCUCAUCCCCUGUGGGUCGGAGGCACAGUUUUUUGGUCUCGAGAUUACGUUGGAUCUUGCCACUGGAUGGAUUAAUCCCCUUGUUCAGGGCGUGAUCCAAGAUCAUACGCAUAAUCUACGGUUUCCCAUGAUCCCGAAUGUGUUACUUAUUUUUGUUGCGGGCUUACUGUACAUCUGGGUGGACAUUCCAAAGGGUAUCGAAGAUGCGAAGGUGCCGUUGAACGAGGCUAGGGCAGGCAACUAA